AAACUCACUACUCUCACAAAUUAACUUAGCCAUUUGUCUCCAUUCCUUUGUUCUCUCUCCUUCAAGCCUAGCUCGCUAUUUAGUCAUGGCUGGCGGCAUGUUCACAUCAUCCGGUCAGAUGCAGCCGUACUCCGCCUCCAAGGCCAACGUCGGUGGAAGCAUGUUCAUGAUGUCCGACGACAAUGUCGUCACCAAACAGAUCGAGGAAACCCAUUCUCCCGACGGCCGGGAGGUCGAUAUCCGCCCUCUUCUCCAAAUUGUCGAGGACAUACUUCGUCACUCUACCCCCGCCGCCACCAUUGGGAGCGUCGUACCGGCACAUGGAGAAAUCGCAGAGGAGAAGACACCACAAGCGGGAUUAGUCACCAAUAUCCCCGAAACACUCUCGGCGACCAUUGAUCGAGUUGCCUGCGAGAUAGCAUGUAGGUGCAUGGGAGGGACAGAUGUGCACGGGACUACGCUCAUGGUGCUUCACUUGUUGACUAAUUACGGAUGGGAUGCUAAGUUGGUGCUAAGCAUGGCGGCAUUUGCACUGAACUAUGGAGAAUUCUGGCUGCUAGCUCAAAUCUACACUUCCAACUCCCUUGCCAAAUCCAUGGCAAUCCUUAAGAAACUACCUGCCAUAAUGGAGCACUCGGGGAUGUUGAAACCCCGGUUCGACUCGCUCAGCAACCUCAUUGCGGUGAUGCUGGCUUUGACCAAGUGCCUGGUGGAGUUCAAGGAGCUUCCCUCCAUGUACAUUUCACAAGAUUUGCCAGCUCUGGUUACCUUCAAGUCCAGUCUCCCAACUGCUGUCUAUUGGACCAUUAGAGCUAUUCUGGUUUGCGCUUCACAGAUUACCAGCCUCACAAGCUUGGGACAUGAGUAUGUGACUGCAGAGACAUGGGACCUCUCCACUUUGACUCACAAGAUCAACAGCAUACACCAACGUCUUAAGGAGUUGCUGGCUACAUGCUACCAGUUGAUAGAGGAAAGAAGGGACAUUGAAGCUUAUGAGCUGCUUCGGAAACUAUUUGCUAUGAGCCACAUUGACAACAUGAAGGUUCUCAGGGCAUUGAUUUAUGCCAAGGAUGACCUGCAGCCACUCUUCGAUGGUUCCACAAAGAAAAGGGUUAACAUUGAAGUUCUAAGGAGGAAGAAUGUGUUGUUGCUGAUAUCGGGCCUCGACAUUUCCCAGGACGAGCUAUCGAUCCUAGAACAGAUAUACAACGAGUCCCGCCAGCACGCCUCGAGGUUUGAGAGCCAAUACGAGGUUGUAUGGAUCCCAAUCGUGGACCACUCGGUCACCUGGACCGACCCCAUGCAGCAACACUUCGAGGACUUGCAGACAAAUAUGCCAUGGUACACAGUGCACCACCCUUCGAUGGUGGAGAAGGCAGUGAUCAGAUUUGUCAAAGAUGUGUGGCAGUUCAGGAACAAGCCCAUCCUGGUGGUGCUAGACCCCCAGGCGAGGGUGGUCAGCCCCAAUGCCUUACACAUGAUGUGGAUAUGGGGAAGCAGCGCAUUCCCUUUCACUAGCAUGAAAGAGGAAGCUCUCUGGAGAGAUGAGACUUGGAGGCUUGAGCUGCUGGUGAAUGGCAUUGACCCCACCAUUAUUAAUUGGAUUAGAGAAGGAAAGUACAUAUUCUUGUACGGAGGAGACAACAUGGGGUGGAUCCGAAAUUUCACGACGGCAGCGCGGGCAAUGGCGCAGGAGGCGCGUAUUCCACUGGAGAUGGUGUACAUGGGGAGGAGCGGGAAGAAGGAACAAGUGCGACGGGUGGCGGAGGCCGUCGCGGCGGAGAAGCUGAGCAGCAGUUGGCAGGAGCCGGCGAUGAUCUGGUUUUUCUGGACCAGGCUGGAGAGCAUGCUGUUCUCCAAGAUCCAGCAAGGGAAGGCCGACGAGCACGAUAUUGUGACACAGGAAAUCAAGAAGCUCCUGAGCUUCGACAAGGCGGGGGGUUGGGCGGUGCUGGCCAGCGGCUCGACGGUGCUGAUCAACGGGCAGCACGGCACCAUUCUGGGGACGGUGGUGGAGUACGAUUUGUGGAAGGAGCAGGUUCCGGUGGUGGGAUUCAACGCGGCCAUUACCGAUCACCACAGGAAGCUGCAUGGGGCGGCAAUGCCCUGCUGCCGAUUCGAGUUCCCGAGCAUCGCCGGGAGGAUUCCGGAGAUCAUGAAGUGCCCGGAGUGCGUCCGGCUCAUGGAGAAGUACGUCACCUUCCUCUGCUGCCAUGAUGAGCCUGCUCUGGGCGCAUUAUACUCUACUAAUUAAAGCCCUUGAACCGCCAUAUGCUCUGUUCUGCUGCAGUUCUACUACCAUGAAUAUGGGUCCUUGAUAUGUCUUUGUCGUGGGUUUUCUUUGUUUUGGAGGGGGUGGGUUGCAGAGGUGCACUUCGUUUUGGAAUGUCGGUGUUUCAUUUAUCGCAAUAAAAUUUGAGUUUCGAA